UGUCCAGACAGUACAUAUAUCCAGGGCUGACCUCUGCAGGUCCACAUCUGCACUCAGACACACUGUUCACAGCACAACUCUGAGCUCAGACUCUCCAACCAAGAAGAUGCAGGAGAACAGGACCCAGAAGUUUGGAGCCGAGCUGCAUCAGCAAGGUUUGUUCAGGAAGAGCACCACCUACCUGGCUAAGAUCGCUGUCGUCCUCCAAGGUGCUGCAGGCAAGAUGCUCACUUUCACUCAGUUGAUGGACAGGCUGGCCCCACUCAUCUGUGAAGACAGGAAAUCUGUUGAGAACAACAUCAGAGUCUGUUUGUCAACACACUCAUGUUUUGUCAAGAUUCCUGUGGUCCCAGAUUCAUUCCACAGUAAGAGGAACUACUGGAAACUGGACCCCGGUCAGAUCACAGCAAAGAUGGUGCGUCGUCACUUUAAAGGAAUCCUGCAGCUCUUCCCUGAGUUGGCCUGCAAAGUGGAAACAGAGGACAUGAGCAGCAGAGCAUCGAAGCACUGCUCAGAUCUCCACUCUCCUGAAGCUGCAGCCUGCAAAGCUGUCAGAUCACACGUGAGACAAAGUUCAGCAGUCCUUUCUCCAUCGAGUCCCUCCUGAAGAGAGACGCUCCCCCGGCUCGGCCCUCCAGACCCUCUCCUCUCUCCAGUGUGCCGGUCAGAGCCGAGCAGCAGCUCAGACAAGUCAGGACAAAGAGGAGCCUCAGCUGGGACUCUGAGGAGCAUCUCCUCCUCCAGGCUCCAGCUGGAAGUUCCCUCAUCUGCUCAACAGGAGGCAGCACACACCACGAACUCGCUGCUAAGAGGAUGCAUGUGAACACAGAGUCUUCAUUCCCCACAUACACAAGAGCUGCUCCUUAUUUCAGCAGCCCACACAGCAGUUACAUCACUUACUCUCUA